ACCAGCAAGUUCCACAUUUACAGACACUCGUCAACAUCACGAUGAGGUGGCAGCCAUUGGCCAUUAAGUUACUAGUAAUGAUUUAGAGAGGACACCGACUCGACGUAUCUUCACCUGACUGAUCCCGAUUUUCACGUGUUUUGAAGGAUACGAAUGUUUAUGAUUAGUUUCGCGUAGUCGAUGCUUCUGUCAAAAGCAAGAAAUCGCGGCUGCAGUUUCUAACCUCUGGUCCAAUCCUUUCGGGCGAUUGCUUUCAUGCCUUUUGACGUUUAACAUAUGAUACUAUCGUCAGAAUGGUCCUGUUGGAGAACGACGCGUUCUUAGCGGAGCUAACCAAACUCUUUGAGAAGUCGCGUCUGUCUGGUUCAGUAUCGCUCACUAUUAAAAGAUUCAAUGGACAUAACAAACCUGUGCCCAGGAAAGGCAGGCCUCCUCUGCCAACUCCAACGGAGUAUCUUUGCCUAGUUCGAGCAUCUUUUCGCAAUAAGAAAAUCUCCACUGUUAUUCAUUCCAAAGAUGUAAACAAAUUCCAACAGGCAUAUUGGAAUCUGUUAAAGACAAAUAUAAGUGGGUUGAAGAAGCUGAAGAAGGCGAAAUCAGCAAAGCCGAAGGUUCACUGACCAAACGAGGACUAACUGCAUAGCAGUGGUUCAUUUCUUUGUUAUUAAAACUUUUUUAUAUACUGUGUUCGCCAUAUGUCGACAUUUGUCUACUGCGUAAACCGACGAGGAGGGUGCGUUUUGUGCAACAUUUUGUAUAGACUAAUGUACAAAAAGUAAAUAAUAUUGUUAUGAAAGCACAUAUAUACAGUCGCAUUUUACAAAUGCGCAUUUUCAUAAACUCAAUGCAAUCGUAAUAAAGCAAUAUUCCAUUA